AUGAGAGCAAGACGACUUUACAAGUUGCUGAUCUCCUGGGGUCUGUUGGCUGGUAGGUUGGCUGCUUUACCUGUGAAUUCAAAUCACCUCACAAGCGAGCAACACACCAACGAGCACCUCACGGGCGAUCACCACGCAGGCGAGCAUCACGCAGGCGAAUACCUCACGGGCGAUCACCUCACGAGCGAGAACGCUAGCCAUACGUCGAAUAAUGCUCCUGAAUUUGAUUGGAUAUGGGGAGUUCUUAAUGCGAUGGACGACAGCAAUGGCGCAAACUGGUCUGGUCUUCUCAACUCGGCAAUUCAACACAUCCCUGUGACACUUUCUCAGUCCCUGAACAGGCACAGUGGCUCUUCUUCUCACGAGAAGCAGCAGCCAGUCCUGAGCCACGUUGUUGCAGAAAGAUCAAGCAAGCACGCGGCUGGCGAUUCAGGCCAGAGCAGCUCCAGAAAGUCGCCCCAAACAAUCAGAAGGCAGAAAGGAAAAGCAUUGGUGCACGAAGCCGCUCUCCCUCCAAUGGCAUCCCACGAGGGCGAUGAAAAGGUGCAGGCUAAAGGCAAAAGUUUAUCGACAAAGACUAGAUGGCUGCUGAACAGCAAAAGCGAUUCCAAAUCCAAAUAUGACGAGGAGAGGGUCGAAGAGGAAAGAAGGUACCAGGCAUUCGAGGCCAGGUUGGCCGUUGGUAUCUCCCUUCUCAAAUAUGAUCACGCUGAAGGCAUUGACUAA